ACUUGCAUAUAGGAAUAGAGCGCGCUCUAUUACGCGCCGUGCGUACUUACAUUUACUUGUACCAAGGUUGUUUUUAAUGUUGGUUAGGGGCGUGCUGUCGAGGAGGGAGAGGGCGGCUCUUGAGCUUACUAUACCCUCUUCAGUGGGGGCUGGAUUUAAAGAAUGCAACACUUGUCAAGCAAUAUUCCUUACCUUUGCGCGUCAGAUCACCACAACUGAGGCACACCGAUGUGCACCACCAGAAUAUGAUCCGCGUCUCUGAAUCUUAAGUGCAUCUGUCCUCUCCAGUCAAAGCGUGCAUACUUGAAGACUCUGUAGGGGAUUCCCAUCUUCUGCCUUUUACGCAAGAGAAUCCGUGCACAAUGAAGCUCUGCCUUGCGCGCAUCUCUCCACAUACCUGAUAGAGCGCACAAGAUUUUACGCAUGAAAAUCACAGCUCGUUUCCAAACCAAACCAUGCGCAACGCGUCGAACCAAGCCACAGCAAACAACGACACCGACCCGUUCGGCAGGAACGAAGACGUGGCCAAAAUGGAGAUCACGGUUUUAAGUGUCACCUUCCUCGUGGCGGUGGUCGGAAAUCUGUGCGUGCUGCUGGCCAUGCACAACACCAAGAAGAAGAGCUCCCGCAUGCACCUGUUCAUCAAGCACCUGAGCCUCGCGGACCUGGUGGUGGCUUUCUUCCAGGUUCUUCCACAGCUCUGCUGGGAGAUCACCUUCAGGUUUUACGGACCUGACUUUCUUUGCCGGAUUGUCAAGCAUCUCCAAGUCUUAGGCAUGUUCGCUUCCACUUAUAUGAUGGUGAUGAUGACACUGGACCGCUACAUUGCCAUAUGCCACCCUCUGAAGACCCUCCAGCAGCCCACGAAGCGCGCCUACAUCAUGAUCGGGUCCACUUGGCUCUGCAGCCUGUUGCUCAGCACCCCUCAAUACUUCAUCUUCUCUCUGAGCGAGAUCCAGAACGGCUCGGAUGUGUAUGACUGCUGGGGCCACUUCAUCGAGCCGUGGGGCAUCCGAGCCUACAUCACCUGGAUCACCGUAGGCAUCUUCCUCAUCCCUGUCAUCAUCCUCAUGAUCUGCUACGGGUUCAUAUGCCACAGUAUCUGGAAGAACUUCAAGUCCAAGACCAAGAGAGGCGCUCCGCACAGCACUAAGAACGGGAUGAUUGGAAAGGCGUCUGUCAGUAGUGUCACCAUCAUCUCAAGAGCCAAACUAAGAACAGUCAAGAUGACAUUCGUGAUUGUUUUGGCGUACAUUGUGUGCUGGGCUCCGUUCUUCAUCGUGCAAAUGUGGUCAGUCUGGGAUGAAAACUUCUCCUGGGAUGAUUCUGAAAAUGCAGCGGUGUCCCUCUCUGCCCUGCUGGCAAGUCUCAACAGCUGCUGUAACCCCUGGAUCUACAUGCUCUUCAGCGGACACCUCCUCUAUGACUUCUUAGCCUGUUUCCGCUGCUGGAAUAAACCCCAAAACACGUUACACAAAGAGGACUCGAACAGCAGCAUCCGAAGGAACACCCUCCUGACCAAGCUGGCUGCUGUCCAGACCAACGAUGGGUUUGACUCUUGGAAAGACCCGUGCAACUCCCGAAAGUCCAGUCAGUCUUUAGGGCUAGAUUAUUCCCGCAAAUCCAGUCAGUGUUUGCAAUUUGACUGUUCGCGCAAAUCAAGUCAGAACGUUCCAGUGGAGUCCUAGGAGCCAGAUGCCGAUAAAUAGAGACAUGAAAAUAAAUGUAUAAAUAAAAUAUAUCUAACAAUCUGUUUUAUUAUACAUAAUGAGGAUUUAUUAACAAAAGAGAAUUUAAGUUGUGGGGUGAGAGUCGGCUCAUUUUCUGCUUAUAUAGGUUCCUUACUCCAAAAAAAAAAAAAAAAAAAGAAAUAUUCAUGGUGAACAAGAUUUUGGCCGUCUCAUAAUUGACACUGAAUGAGUUUUGAUAACCUACAAAUGUGUCCAUUCUUAUAAACGAUGCAUUUAUUUUACAGCGGAUUAUGUCGUGUUGCACUUUCCUUUACGACUAAAGUCUGUGACUUCAAGUUUGUGUUUACUUGUGUUUAAUAUUGAUAAGAACUUCAGCUUUAUUCCUUAGGCUGAUGUGUGUCUUAUUUGUUUACACUGACAAAAUGAAGCUGUUUUUGACUAGGUGGGAGUAAAAGAGUGUAUUGUGAGUGUGCGUACGUGUCAGUGUUAUGACUGACUACAUAAUAUUUUAUUUCCACACUGUAUAACUUGAGCUCUAUCUUGUAUUGGUCAUGCCAAACUUUAACUGAGCAAAAUAACUAAAACUGAAACAGCUUGUCUGGUGUUUGGUGAACUGUUUAAGCAAAUAUAAAGAAUUUAUGUGCAUAAAAACUUGAAUUUUGUUGUUUCAAAUAAAGAAAGAAAAAAACGUGAAGAGAAUAAAUCUCAAGACAUGUAAAUAUAUAAAAUUAUCUUAACGAGAGCAAAUAAAACAUGCC